CUUUUCCUUAGAGCACAAGGAGACUUCCUCUAUUCUUUGACUUAUUAUACUGGCGGCACUUUACAGGCAGUCUCUCUCUCACGAAUCAUCUGUCUUUCUCUUUUUAAUUUUACUUAAUUCUGUUAAUUUUUUGUUUCUUUUUCAAUCUGAAUCCAUAGGCUGGGUUUUGAUCGGUGAAUCUCAUGGAACCAUCACGAGCUCAAAGACCCCGCUUUGACUCCACAGAAGAGGAGAUACCUGUAUACUUGAAGCUCAAGAAGACAGUGGCGUGGAAAGUUAAACCUACUGAAACUGUAAAAAAUUUUAAAGCAUUAUUGUAUGAGAAGGGAAUCAUUUCUGAGAAUAUUCAGGAUCUUUUCUUCGCUGGUCUACUGCUCAAGGAUGAUCAAAGGCUGGUUGAUUGUGGCAUUCAGAGGAAUUCCACACUCCAUCUAGUUCUCCGGAAUUUUGAUGGAUUGAAGUUACUCAUCAAAAUACCAUCAGAACAGAGGACCAUGGUGGUGGAAGCAAGGGCUCAUGAUACUGUCCUCAGUAUCAAGUCAUUGAUCGAGGUGACAGAGGGGAUUGAAUCAAAUCGGUUCUCACUUGUCUAUGAAGGAAAACUACUUGAAGAGGAUAGGACUCUGAGCUCUCUCAAUGUGAAGAAUGAGUCAACCAUUUUUCUUGUUUUCUGCCAAAAGGAAGUGCUGUCAGUUCAUGUGAAAGCACUAACUGGAGAAGUUGUGAAACUGAAAGUUAAGGUUACAUUUACUGUGGCUGAUGUCAAAGCCAUAGCUGGGAGCAUGUUGGGUGUCUCAAUAGGCAGUUUGUUCUAUUCAGGACAGCAGCUUGAGGAUUCCAAAAUCCUGGCUUGUUAUGACAUCAAAGAGGAAUCUAUGCUAGAGGUGUUGCAUCCGCUAUUUCAGAUAUUUGUGAAAACUUGGAGUGGGAGAACCUUAACUCUCGACGUGCAGCAGAGUACAACUGUCCAAGUCGUGAAGGACAAGAUUUUUCAGAAGCUAAAGAUUCCUGUUCAACUUCAGAGUAUCAUAUUUGCUGGCAAACGACUUGAAGAAGGACGUGAUCUGGCCAGUUAUGGCAUCCAGAAGCACUGCACUCUUUGUAUGGUUUUUGCACCCUCAUCAACCAUCAUGCAUAUGAAAGUGAGCAAAAUUGGUAGCUAUGUACCUCCCUUCACCACUGUUCGCAGUGUGAAGGAAAUGAUUCGACAGAAAAAAGGAUUUCCAGUGAAGGAAGUACUAUUUCGAGAGACGGCCUUGCAUGAUGACUUUGAUUUGGAACAUUAUGGGAUAGACAAGGAUGACACAUUGACUGUUGUCUUUUAAACGCUGUGAAUGCAAAUGUGACUCUAGGUAUUCAGACUGGUGUUUGAAUGUGAAACUUCUAGAUUCGCUUGUUUCUGCUUUUAUUUCUCUGAAUGGUAUUUGUUUUUGGUUUUUUGAUCUAGAAUAAAAACAGUUAGAAAGUUUUGCUUGAAUGUUAUAAA